AUGAAACUCGUGAGCCCACUGAGGGCUGCCAUCCUUGCCCUCGUCAUGGCACUCGUCGAGUCCGCUGGAGAAGCUGAUUACACUCUAGACGACUCGUUUUGGAAUGAGGAGAGUCCAGUUGGCGAGGUGGAACGUCUACUCAAGGAACACCAGCAGAAUCAGGAGCUGGUGCACAAGAUCGGUAGCAACAUCUACCAGAUCAUCUAUCCGGUGCAGCUGCGGCACCACGAGAAGAUGGGCAUCUCGACGCGAGAAGUCGGUGCACCAAAGUUUCCAGGCCGAGGUGGCUUCGAUAGCAGCUACUCUGGAAGCGGAGCAAGUCGGGGGCGUUCGAGGACGGGGAAACACUUUCAUCGAACAUCACUUUUGAUAAAAGCUUUUAAUCAUAAAUUUCGGUUAGAUUUGGAAUUAAAUACACAAUUACUAGCUCCUAAUAUUGUACAGAAACACUAUCUCCCAAGCGGGUUCGCGCAGGAUUCACAUCGAGAAAUUGAGCACUGCUACUACCACGGCACGGUAAAAGACUACCCGGGAGCUAGUGCUGCCUUCCACACCUGCAACGGCGUCAGCGGGGUGAUACACGUCGGGAACGAAACAUUUGUUAUACAUCCAUUUUACGGAGGCGAUCUUUCGAAACAUCCACAUGUUAUUUUCGAGGCACGUACAAAAUCAAACAAGGGCUGUGCUAAUUCCGGCAACAUGGAGAACUGGGCGAGGCACCAGCGAAACCAGCGGCAGAACCACCAUUCGGGUCUGGUGGCCGAUCAGCAGGACGCGAACGGCGCCGGGCGCUACCGGAGGGACGUCAGCGAGACGACCAAGUACAUCGAGACGGCGCUCGUCAUCGACCGGUCGAUGUUCCAGAAGCGCAACGGGAGCACCCGGGCCGAGGUAGUGCACGACGCCAUCCAGGUGGCGAACAUUGCCGAUCUGUACUUUCGUACGGUCAACACACGCGUAUCGGUUGUAUAUAUUGAGACGUGGCAAGGCCUGAACCAGGCGAAGAUUGAUGGUGGACAGGAUAUUAGUAAAGCAAUAUCUAAUUUUAAUGAUUAUACAACUAGAAAUUUAUAUAAAAUAGAUAAGGACACGACGCAGCUGCUAACUGGCGAAACGUUCGCCGGUGGUGAGGCGGGAAUGGCCGUGCCGGAUUCCGCCUGCACAGCAAAAGCCGUCGGUAUUAGUGUAGAUAUCAAUACGUACGAGCCGCAUCUGCUCGCGGGAACGAUGGCGCAUAUGAUUGGACACAACAUCGGCAUGAGUCACGAUGUUCCCCGUGACGGGUGCUCCUGCCGAGACUGGCACGGUUGCAUAAUGUCCCAGACGAUUGUCGGUCUGGAAAACGUUCAACCGUACAAAUUCUCCGAAUGUAGUGAAAUUGAUUACACCGUUGCGCUGCGGCACGGGAACGGCCUCUGCCUAUUCAACAAACCAAAUGAGGUCGUGUUCCGAAAGAACUGCGGCAACGGUGUCGUCGAGGAGGACGAGGAGUGCGACUGCGGCAACGCGCUGGACUGCGACAAGACGGAUCCGUGCUGCGAUGGCAUCACCUGCAAGCUGAAAAAGGAGUCCCAGUGCGCCACUGGACCAUGCUGUGAUAAAUGUAUUCUAAAGCCUCCGGGCGUGAUUUGCCGGGAUGCGCACAACGAGUGCGACCUGCCGGAGUACUGCAACGGGGAAACCGGACAGUGCCCGCCCGAUGUACAUAAGAAGAACGGGAACCCGUGCGGGAUGAACACGUCCGGGUUGACUACCGGUUACUGUUUCAAUGGGUUGUGUCCCACGACGGCGGCCCAGUGCGAGCGGAUCUGGGGCUACAGUGGAACCGGCGCCGAUCGCGUAUGCUACGAGCAGUUCAACUCGAAGGGUUCCAUCAACGGACACUGCGGGAAGGACGCUAGUGGCAACUACAUCAAGUGUGAACCGGAGAACAUCCAAUGUGGUUCGCUUCAGUGCAAAGACGGCGAUCGGACGCCAGUGGAGGACUGCAGUGACCAUCAAUACGCUAAGGCAAUUAUUUCAAUUAAGGGAGUCGAGUACGAGUGCAAGUCGAUAUCCGGUUCAUCGACGGGCUCGGCAACGCCACCAUUCGGUCUGGUGCGCGACGGGACACCGUGCGGCGAUAAUCUGAUCUGCGUCAACCAGAGCUGUGUCAGUAUAUUUCCGUACAUUGACCAGACCAAGUGUCCCAGCAAUCACAACAAUCUGGAGUGCUCCGGAAAUGGGGAUUGCACCAACACAAACAAGUGCUUUUGCAAGUUCGGCUGGACCGGUCCGGACUGCUCGAUACAGGCUCAUAUCACAACGACGUACGCGUCACCCGUAACGUCCUCUACGCCCGAGUCCCUCGCCGGCGUAAUGGAAAAGAAAACCACUCGCUACGCAAACUACCACGGCUCUAACACGGUGUUUCUAGUCGGUGUAUUAAUGUCGGUUGUUGGGGGUGUUUUUGUAACGUUUGCUCUGAUGGCUUUGUGCUACAGGUCAGUUGUAGUACAUAAUAACUUCUCCUUGUGCCUAAGAAAGAAAACCACUCGCCUUAAGUACGACCCGCCGUACGUGAAGAAACCGAUGGCCAAGUACGUCACCAACAACGCUAACCACCACUCCCAGGAAGAUAUUUCGCCCGACGAUCCGAACAAACUGAUGUACGGCAACCAGAUGCACCAUAGGGAUCAUAAAUCGAUACGUAGGUUGACGGGAGCCUCUGGUAGCGAAGAAGAUGCGGCCCAUUCCGGCGAAGAAGAGACAGUAUCGUUCAUCGAUCUACCCCCCAACAAUACCUCGAAACUUCCAGAAAAGGGCAUACUAAAAAAACACGGAUUCGGUCUAGUGUUGGUCGAUAGCAAUAAAGAAAAAUGGCCCGACGAUACACAGUCCGAUAAUCUCGAAUUGAUAGCUCAGCAAGAAUCCACUAUUCCUCCAUCAGGUGGCCAGACGGGCGCAGCGGUCGUGGGCCCCGUACCGGAUGGCAUGAAGUUUGUCAAUGGUUACCACGAGGAUAUCCUCGAAGCUUUACGCCGAUCGGCAGCCCAGGUACCACGUAGUAGUGCCAACACACCGUCCGGUAGCUUUAGCGAGGAGCUACUACGGAAAACCCUAGCAGAUUGUGUAAGCAACAUGCAGAUCCAGAACACUCCGAACGUCUACCCAGCAGAACGUGAUUAUCAACGAGGCAGCAGUUCCCGCACCGGGUCCAAAGAGAACGUCUGCGUACCUCAUCCACUGCUGAGCGAUACGGCAACCACUUCAGCGAUGAUACCUCAUCAUCGACAACAGCAGCGCCCUCAGGACGAAGAUCACGAGCCGCUACGUAUCCGAAACCUAGAAGACCUAAUACGACAGUUGGAACAUCACUCAUCACGACAUAUGAGCCCCAAUGGCUCCGAAGACACACGAGUGUCUGAAACCGAAAUGGAACGACACUAUAGAGUAGAUAGCUCAGCGCCUUGUAGUGAAUCUUCGCAUGGCUCAAAUCAACAACUAGCUCAAUCACAGAAAACUGCCACGAUACUGCCGCCCUACAGUAGUCGCUGUCGUCCCCCGAGGUCGGACGACGAGUCCCGGUUUUCGUACGGUGGUGGCGGUGGGGGAGGACCUGGAAGUAGCGGUACCGGUCGCUACCGACAUUCUACCAGCCGCCAUCCUGCCCACCAACCCCAUUCACCUCAUUCCUUUAGUCAUCACACCCAUCAUGGGCACGCCCAUGGCCACUCUUCACAUGCGGGCCAUUCAUCGCAUCAUUCGUCCCACACGCAUCUGCAUGACGGAGACGGAGAAGGAAUCUACGAAAGUGCCGAUCCCCAUCCGGUGCAUCCGCACCCACACGACAGGAACGCCUUAAGUGACCAACGUGACACCAACGAUAGUGAAAGUUCCCAUGCUUCAUCACUCUCAUCCGAACUGUGUAAAUAUCGCCAUAAAAAGCGUGAUUGCGAUGGCGGUGGCAGCAGCGGUGGCGGCGGAGGCACCGGAAGCAUCAUCAGUGGCGGAGCACCGAGCCGUCGCCGACGAGAAUUCGUCAACACUCGGUCCUUGGACAUUCGCGACUUGGAACGGGACGGAACGGGCUCAUCCGACGGCUAUGAUGACUUAUUUCAAGCUCAACAACAGUUAGCCCGAUGGGCGAGUGAGGACGUGGUUUCCGUGGUGGUAAUGGAGCAAGGAUCGGAUUCGUCCCACGCGCAAGGUCCAUCAUCAGCCAGUACCAUGCACGGCCAUAUUCAACAACAUCCAUCGCAUCAGCAACAGCAGUUGCAUCACGACAACAACAAUACCACCACCAUCACCACCACCAGCAACGUCAAUGGAGUACCAGCAAUGGGCAGCUGUCACAAUAUCACCAAUUUGAGUCAUCAGUUGGUGAACAGCAGAGACUACUAUCCUUCGCCACCCUCCACCGAGACCGAGAGCUCUGGAAGCGUGGUACAGCCGUCGAGACGUGGACCCAUUAUGCAAGGCCAAGGACCCGACGGAAAUCAUAUAAUGGAGAAUACAGGUCGCUAUCCCGAAUAUAAACACUGAUAGUAGCUAAACGGGAUUUAAUGCCGGCAGAGAUUGAAUCCCCAAGAUAACAAAACCAAAAACUAUUAGAUCCAUAAACCAGAGAACGUCAAACAACAAUGUUCAAAAAAAAAAUGCUAAAACUGCAGAAUUGUACGUGUUAUCAUAAUCAUCGAGACGAAUUUAACUGAUCAAACCCGAGUAAAACUCCCAAUAAUAGAAGCAAAAGAAAUCCCAUUCAAAGCCGAGAAAACAAAUAUAGCAAGACAACAGAGGAAAUCUUUUCAAGCUAACAUAGCGGGAAAUGAACCGUAAUAGGGAUAAUAAGCAGAAAAACACUUUCCAUAAAUAAUUCCAAAUGCAAACCGAAUGCGCGGGCACGAAUGAGAGCGAAUUUAGGCGAGAGUAGCGGAGUGUGAAAGCAGCAGUAUACACACAAACGAAACAAACACAAAAAAAAAAUGUUAAAAUAACCAG